CUACAAACCAACAAGCCUUUCGAUUACAUUUUAAUAAACGCAGCUUAUAGCAAGACCUUAACCCACAACCCACGAGCUAUUUCACCAAACACGCAAACAAAAAUCAUAUCAAUAUGAAGGCUUCCAACACCCUUGUCGCUCUCUGCGUCGCAACCGCCGCCACGGAGGCCUACGUCAUAACCAUCUACUCGGUCGAAAAUUGUCAGGGUACCGGCAAGCGCAUCAACGUUUACGAUAACUCGUGUUCGGUGCCCAAUUUCCCGGGCGGGGCCCAGUCCGUCCGAGUCGAAAAAUACGGCGCCGGCGCCCAAAAGGCGCGCUUCUACCGGAAUAACGCCUGCGUCGGCAACCCUCACCGCGGACCCUGGGACGCCGGCAAGUCGGACAACUUGUGGGAGGCCGGCAAAUGCAUUGAAAUGGGCAAGGGGUACACCGUCCAGUCCUUCACCUCUUACAACGCUUAAAAGGUUUUUUUUGUCCGCGUUGCCACGAAUUUGUUGAUAUGUUGGAAGUGCCGGAGCAGGACGUCGUGCGAAAACCGG